AUGGGAGAUUUUAAUGCAGUUGUUUCUCAGGAGGAGCAUCGUGGUGGUGCCCAUUACUAUUACAGAAGAAAAGCCUUGGCUUUCUCAGAAUUUAUUGCUGCUAAUAAUUUGUUGGAUAUUAAUUAUGUAGGUUCUCAGUAUACCUGGUGCAAUAAUCAACAAGGAUUAGCAAGAAGAUGGGCCCGUUUGGAUCGCUGCCUUGUUAAUCCGAGUUGGUCUAACAGUUUCGAUGCAUGCUUAGUUAAGCACCUCCCAAGGUUUCUUUCGGAUCACUCGCCUAUGCUUCUUUCUAUUACUCCUCGUAUUGGUAAUAAGAAGAAAAUUUUUCGUUUUGAUAACUACUGGUUAGAUUAUGUGGGUUGCCAUGAAGCUGUAAGGAAAGCAUGGUGUUUUACCCCGCAUUCUAAUCCUAUGCAUGCAGUUUCCCAUCUUUUCUCUCGAACUAGGUACUUGCUACUAGAUUGGAAGGCUAAAGGUUUAUGCUCUAUAGACUCAGCCAUAGAGAAAUUGGAGAAUUCCAUUCUAGAAGUUGAAGAAAAAGAAGGGUUAGGUGAUGGUAUUGACUAUUCUCCUCAGUCUCUUUCAAUUAUGUACAACAAUUUAUCUGCUUUGCAUAGACAAAAUAAUACUAAAUGGGCCCAACGAGCUAGGCUCAUGUGGGUGCAAAAUGAUCUCUGGACUGAUUCGGCUAGGCGGCCGGUUCAAGAGAUCAUUAGUGUGCUUCCUGAUGAUCUCCCUAUGGUGUCUUAUAGUGAAGGUGAAGCUCUAAUAAAAGAAGUUUCAAAGAAAGAAGUCUUUGAUGCACUUUUGUCACUUCCAACUGGUAAGAGCCCGGGCCCUGAUGGAUUCAAUGUUGAAUUCUAUCGUUUUUACUGGACUGAAAUUGGGGACUUAAUCUUUGCAGCGAUCAGGUAUUUUUUUGAACACUCUGUUAUGCCGAACUCUUGGGGUAGAACUUAUGUUGCAUUGAUUCCUAAGAAAUCUAAUCCUCAAUCUCCUGCUGAUUUUCGGCCCAUUUCUUUAUGCAAUGUGUGUUAUAAGCUGAUCUCAAAAAUCCUUGCCAAUCGUUUGAAAUACAUUCUUCCUAAUUUGAUUGGGAAAGAACAAUGUGGGUUUGUGCAUGGUCGUACCCCUUUCGAUAAUAUAAUUACCCUUCAAGAAGUGGCCCAUUCGAUUGAUAAUGAUAACAACCCCCCGAGGAUGUUGAUUAAGUUAGACAUUGCUAAAUCAUAUGACACUAUGAGUUGGUCUGCAAUUCUUGUUACCUUGACUAAAAUGGGUUUCCCUGGUAGAUGGGUUAGCUGGAUUCAUACUUGUAUCAGUAAAGUUUCUUAUGCUUUGUUGAUCAAUAAAACUCCUACUUCUUGGUUUUCUACUAGUAGAGGUAUUAGACAAGGUGAUCCGAUCUCUCCUUACUUGUUUAUUCUUGUAGCUCAAAAUCUUACCACUAUGCUUAAUUAUGCUAUGAACUCUAAUUUGAUUCCGGGUUUUGAUUCUAGACUGAUUCAUAAUUUCAAUCAUUUGAUGUAUGCGGAUGAUCUUAUCCUUAUUACCGAGGCUUCCCGAAAAUCUGCCAGGAAUAUUAAGAAGUGUUUACUCUUUUAUGGGAAUGUUACUGGUCAAAGAAUCAAUAACUCUAAAUCUGAGCUCAUUUUUCCUAGUCAGUUUAACAAGCAUCUUGCCAACAGAAUUACUAUGAUUAUGGAUUAUAAGGUGGGUUCCUUCCCUGUUAAAUAUCUGGGCAUUCUUAUCUCUCCAAAAAAAUUGGCACUCUCUUGUUUCACCUCCAUGGUAGACAAGAUUGAGAAGUCAGUCACUUUUUGGAAGAAGUCCAGAAUUUCCCCAGCAGGGAAAACAAUCCUUAUUAAUUCUUCUAUUAUGACAUCUCCUUUAUAUUACCUCUCUGUUUAUCCAGUCCCCAAAGGAAUUCUUGAUAGGAUAAAUAGAGCUGCCAGGACCUUUUUUUGGGCUAAGGAUAGCAAUCGAAAGGGCAUCAACUCAGUCAGUUGGGAUGAAAUAACUCUUAAUCGGACUGAGGGGGGUUUGUCAAUCAGAAAUUUGGAGUCCUCUAAAAUCUCUCUUAUGGCAAAGAAUGUUCUUAGUUUGCUUAACAAAAACACUGUUUGGUGGGUUUCUUUAUUGGAAGUUAAGUAUGGUGCAUUUGAUAUUUGGAAAGGCAAUAUCCCUGGGAAAUGCUCUUGGUUUUAUAGAGGUUUGUGGCUAGAUCAUAGUUUAUUAGGUAAUGAUAGCUUCACUCAAUCAGUGAUUGUAGCCACUGUGUGGCUUAUAUGGAAAGCUAGGUGUAACAAAAUCUUCAAAGAGGAAGAGCUGGAUUGCAAGAGGGUAUCGAUCAAUGCCAUUAGACAUGUCAGGGAGUAUCAGUUGGCCUUGUCUCCUCUCUUGAAGAGUAGCUUUGUGUUGAAUAACUUCACUAUAGCUGAGAGUCCUAUUUUACUUAUUGCCUCUGUUUAUAAUGCUGACAGUUCCUCUGCAGGUCUUGGAUUCAUAGUGUCAGACUAUACGUCCACUCUGAUUUGCUCUGGAUGUUGUGGUUGUCCAGUGAUCUCUGCUGAGGAUGCAGCAGUCAAAGAAUUUUCCUUUGCCUUGCAGGUCAUGCUCAAUUGGAGGUGGAAUUUCAAGAUCAAGACCAUACUGUCUUCUAGUGCAGAUAUUGUUGCAGCUAUCCUGAAUAGCUCUCGGUUGAAUGAUUGGCGUCUUGACCAGCAGCUUUUUUUCAUUGGAGACCUACUGAUUGAGUUGGGCAAUCCUGCUACUCAUUUGAUUCCAGGAAGAUGGAGUAAAGUGCCCUCGUCUCUUGCGCUUUAUGGUCUCAACCAUCAUGAAGUGUCCCUGUUUUUUAGUGGUAGAGAUCUCCCCAAGUGGCUGAUGAAGUCCCUUAGAUCUCAAGUGCGUCAAUGUCUUAAUCUAAAGAAGUUACCAUUCAAGAGUGGCAUUAACAACAACAGUCAAAGAAUACUCAUUGAUUGUAAGAGAGAAUGGUGGGAAAGCUUAGAGUGGGAUGAUGCCACCAUCCCAUCUAACCUUCGGCCACGUUUCAGAACGGAUGGAAGCCUUAAUGAAUGGAUGACUAGUGGUAGUGAAUGA